UACAAUGGCUGCUGCAGGAGGUAAAGUUGCUUUGAUCACUGGAUCCACGUCCUGUGACGGGAUUGGGUAUACAAUUGCCAAGUGUCUAGCUAAAAAUGGAUACAAUAUUAUUCUGCAUGGGAGGCGAGCUGAGGCAGAAAUUGAACCUCUCAGAGAACAGUUGCAGAGAGAGUUCCACGUAAAAUGUCAUUAUCUAACUGCCGAUUUACUUCAGCGAUCUGAAAUUGAGAACCUGUGUAAAAAGAAAAUUGAGGCUUUAUAUCCAGAUGGAGUUGAUGUACUCGUUAACAACGCAGGUGCCAGUCUAAAUGCUCCACUAGAAAAUUUUCCAGUUGAUAAGUGGGAUGAAAUAAUUCAAGUCAAUCUAACAGCACCGUUUGACAUGGUACGUCUGACUGUGGGUGCUAUGAAAAAGAAAGGGUGGGGUCGUAUUAUAAAUAUAUCAUCUAUAUCAAGCAAAAGAGUAUUGAAGACUUCUGUAGCAUAUAACUGUUCAAAACAUGGUCUUGAGGGAUUGACAAAAAUUGCAGAACUUGCAGCUUUUCUUUGCACACCAGCAGCAGACCAAAUGACUGGUGCAAGUAUACCGGUAGAUGCCGGCAAGUGGGCCGAGUAA